AUGAACCGUAGUACUCCUCGAAAAGUCCGACAGUUUUACAACCUCCAACAGGCUCUGGCUACUAUAAAAGGAUGGAAUCCAGUAUGGAACCCAAAAUAUUUUAUGGUGGAUUACUCAUUAGCAGAAAUAGGCGCGAUAGAAAGUUUUCCCGAUGUACAGGUUUGUGUUUGCGACUUUCACAGGUUGCAAGCGCUAAAACGGUGGGCUUCAGCAAGCAAGAAUGGAUUGUCAUAUGAACAGCAACAACACUUCCUUCUGCAAAUGAAGAUUGCUAAUGUCAGUACCAAACAGGAGUACGACAAGGCAGUAAAAGAUUUUCGAGAGUCCAAAGUGUAUAAAGAAUGCAGCAAGAUGAGAGAAUAUGUUGACCGUACGUGGUUUUCUUGCGCUGUCAGAUGGGCACACGCUUUUCGAAAACAGCAAGUCACCAACAUUGUUAAUACUAACAAUGGCGUUGAGGCUCAAAACAGAGUCUUUAAAUACGAAUACUUACCCCAAAGUAUUGACAAAUCUGUGUAUGGUAUUGCGGUGAUGUUGGUUAAAUCUUUCAUUCCCGAUGUUCUUCAGCACUAUUUGGAUGCAAAUCUACGACUGAGCAGCGCCUACUGCAAGUACAACCCAUCAAUCCCAGAAUACUUGCACAACAGACCUCCGCACUCUUUGAAAUGUUGCCUUAAAAAUCGAUACGCUUCAGCCAUUUUCAAACAGGACGACAUAACUCCGGUUAAUUUAAAGAAGGGCACGUUCAAUGUCAAGAGCGAGAGCAAUGUUGGAAAAAAACAUUUCAUAGACUUCCGAGAACCAAGUUGUACCUGCAACAUAUGGCACACUACCCAUUUCCCUUGCAAACAUUUUUUCGCAGUUUUUUCUUUCUAUGACGAGUGGGAUUUCGAAAAUCUUCCAGAAGACUACCGAAAUAGCGUUUUCAUCACUCUCGACAAUGAACCUCUUGGAUUGCCACAAGAUACUACGGCAGAAGAACUAGAGGAAGCCAAUACGUCAUCAUGGAGCACCAUCAAAAGAGACGUUGUUUUGCAAGAAUCGUUGUCUUCUGAUAACAAAAAAUAUAUCCACGACAUACCCCACGAAGAAACAGUUAAAUUUGAAACUACUUCAAACAAAAGUUCCAAAAGGCUCAGAAAGAUCUUGCAAGAACAACUGGGCCAAAUACACAGUAUGACCUUCCUGAUCGACAACGAGACCACUCUACAAGAAGCAGUGCAAAAAGCUGAAAGCUUGAAACAGUUUCUUGAACAAAACUUUCCACAGAAAAUGGUUUGCCUCUUCGAUUGA